AUGAGUAGCAAUGUAGUAGAUGUUGUAAAACUGGACAAACACCGGGAUCGAGUGAACCUAAAUAAGCUUAUCCGGACGGACAACGUGCAUCAUCAACCUCGACAAGUUCGUCGGCGAGACUUCCGCAUGUUCAGUAUGCCUGACAAGCAGCGCUAUUCUCGUUUAUCACCGCAAUUGAAAAUCGCAGCUCUACGACACCUCGCAUCCAACGUGGAAUCAUUCCAUGAACAAUACAUUUGCUAUUCCGUUCUGCAAAGUUUUCUCAAUGCGAAUAUCGUGGGUGAAUGUAUUUUCAAUCCGAAAGAUGAUGAGGCCAAUGUGCUUUAUCAUCCCAACCAGUGGGCUAACUAUGCGGUGUUAUUGCUUCAAGGUCGUGCCCUGGUUCAAAUAGGUAAUGAAGGAUUGACGUUUGAAGCCGGUCCAUUUGUGAUGUUCGGGGAGACGGUCCUGAAGCGAGUGAAUGAGCUAUUUCACGAACUGUCGGACAGCACAGACCCAUCACUUCAGUCUGCUCGUUUGGCAUCCGAGGCGCGUUUUGUACCGGACUAUUUGCUCAAAGCGACAACUAAUUUGCAAUACCUACGCAUCACAGCAGAACACUAUUUGCUCGCUCGUCGUCUAUCCAUAUUGCACCAACGCGCGGCACCGUCGUGUACGUUACACUUGCCACAUUCCCCGGAUGCAGCCCCUGCGAACUGGAGCCGUUCCAAUUUACCCGGGCUGGAAGCGGUCAAAAUCGGUUCACAUGACAUGUUCCAAAAUGCUUGGGAGCACCAUAUUGUCCGACUAAGACAGGCCGCCGUUGCAUCCACACUGAACACAUUUCACUCGGCCCCAUCACCAUCUCCACCACCGACGAAUGCUACGGCACCGCGAGAUGAAACGGACCGGAUUAAACGAACGCCGUUGUCAAAUCAUGCAUCAUCCGCCCCCACUACUCAUUCUAACGAGAGCAGUCCGCUUAAGGUCAACUAUCCAAUUUCCGCUCUACAACUGUCUUCUUUGUCCACUACGGCCAUCGCCAACCCAUUUCAAGCAAACACAGAACUACCACUCUUGAUGUGA